AACGUAACGUUACCAUUUAAACAUUGUCGUUCCAAAGUGUCAGUUCAGUCAGAGUUCUUGUUGUUCCGUUUCCCGUUGUUCCACCCAACCGGAGUAUAUAAGGAUAUACAGAUAAUAAUUGUGUGUACUGUACAUAUAUACGUGUAUUUGGCUUGGAUGUGUUUGACUUAAUUAAGUUUUUAGUGUCGAUACUUUUUUUGGCCACUAGUAGUCGGUCAAAGAUUUGGCAGCAUACAAAAGCAACGGUUAAAAUUUUAAUUUGAGUAAUAAUCGAAAUGUCUGCAGAAGUUGCUAAUAAUCCCGUUGGAGAAAACAAGCUUGAAGAAGUUGUGGCUACUGCAGAAGGGGGUAGUGUACCGGAAAAAACUGAAAAUACAAGCGCUGUAGACGAUGGAAACGCCCAAGACGACAAUGUGGAGAAGCAAGAUGCUGCUGCAGAGGACACAAAAAAAGAAAGUGAAUCUGCUCCAAUAACGGCGAAGUCAGAGCCAGCCCCAAAAUGCAGUGUUCAUAAAACAAAUUUCGAAAAAGAUAUGAUUUAUUUGUACCAAUUCUCCAGAACACCCCUUUUGCCAUCAUUAUCUCCUUACUGUCUUAAAGUGGAAACUUGGCUCCGCCUAGCAGGUCUUAAAUAUGAGAAUGUUGAUCACAAGAUGAGGUUCAGAUCUAAGAAGGGGCAACUUCCUUUCAUUGAAUUAAAUGGCGAGGAAAUCGCAGAUUCCGCUAUUAUUAUUAAAGAUCUGUCGGCAAAAUAUGGAAAAGACCUCGACGCUGGUUUAACUACAGAACAACGUAACGUAUCAUAUGCUAUGAUAGCUAUGCUGGAGAAUCAUUUAAUUUGGAUUAUAUUUUACUGGCGAGCCAAGUUUCCGGAUAACGUUCUUAAAGGUUAUAAAGUGAACCUUCAACAUGCGUUAGGACUACGUUUACCAAAUUCCAUACUGAAUUUCUUUUUCAAAAUAACAUUCGGGCGAAAGUGGUUCCAGGGUACAAAAAAACUCAAGGCUCACGGAAUCGGGGUACACAGUGCAGAGGAGAUUGAAGAAUUUGGCAAGAACGAUUUAAAAGUUCUUAGUGAAAUGCUGGACUGCAAGCCAUUUUUCUUUGGAGAUGAACCUACCACAUUAGAUGUCGUUGCAUUUGCGGUGUUGUCGCAGCUACAUUUCUUGUCGAAAGAAGUCCAGUAUGCGUUACGUGACUUUAUGACUGAGAAAUGUCCAAAUCUUGUUGGACAUGUUUCCCGAAUGAAGGAUAGAUGUUUUCCAGACUGGGACGAAAUAUGUACAAAGUUGGACUUGAAUGCACACAUACAAAAACCAGAGCCAGAAAAUAAAGAAGGAAAAGAGGGCGAUUUGGAAAAAUCAAAAGAGCAGGAGAACGAAAUUGAAACAAAUGAAAAAGAAUUAGAAAAAGAAAAGACAAAUGAAAAGGAAAUAUCUGAAGAAAAUAAGGAUAAGGAGGAAGCUAAGUAAAAAAUUCCAUAAUUUUUCCAUAUAUGUAAAGGAAGAGGAUAUUGCAUUAACUAUUGCAUUAUAAAUAAUUAUAAAAUAUGCAGUUUGGACACAUAUAAAUAAAACUUUAGUAUAAAAUUAUAUAUUAUAUACCUAAGGAAAGUGACUAGUUAAAAGCUAAUUAACUUCUGACGAUUGAAGAUGAUUCUUGAAUUUCCAUUUUUAUAUAUUAUCGAAGAUAAGUCGAACAAGUUAUUAAAAAAAGUAUGUAUUUUUUAUAGUUUUAACAUAAAGAAAUUGUGUGCAAAUAUUAAUGUAAUCCGAUUUGUGUAACCUAAGUUAUUUUUACCAAAAUGUUGAUAUUUCUCGAUAUUAAAUGUUUUUUAUUACUUUCUCAUUUUUGUACUCUGCAUUAUUUUUGUCCAUUUAGUUUCUAAAUACAAGGAAGCAUCGCAUCAAAAUCUAUUGUAAUACCUAUCAGCUUGUAUAUUUUACUUUGCCAAAAAGUACAUACAACCAUCAUUUUAAAAUGCUCAAACAUAUAUUCAUAUAAAAAAAACGCUCGAGUGGGUAUUGUUUAUACCCAUGUCCGGUAUUUUACUGCUGCAAAAUGAACAUAGUUAUAAGAUAACUUAAACUUAAAGGAAUCACCGAUCAAUAUUUUCAUCAUCACAUUAGAUACGGACAUGUAGAAUAAUAAACCUUUGUUUAUGUAUUAAAAUAAGAA